AUGUCUUUGUUUGGGACAUCUCCCGAUGCGGAGGACUCUUCCACGGCGAACCCCGCUCUCCGGUCCAAGUCGGCUCUCUUUGCGGAUGAAUCGACUGGUGGCUCGUCGCUCUUCGCGGAUGAUGACGGUGACGAUAGCUCCUCACCUUGGAACCAGAAUAACACAGCCAAGCGAACCGCUCGCCGAGAUCUUGUGCGAACCUUGCUUCCCGCUACCGAUGUACCCGAGAGCUAUAUUGAUGCCUAUGACUUGAUAUUGAAUAGCGGGGAUAGGGUCGGCUCCGGUGUCGGGCUGACCUCUGUCCGUGAGAUCCUCUCCAGUAGUGGACUGAGCGCAUCGAUCCAAGAUAAGAUUCUUAAUUUGGUGGUCUCUGCUGACCACGAGAGCUCUGGCGGGCUGGGCCGCGCCGAGUUCAAUGUCCUGUUGGCGCUAGUGGGCCUUGCGCAGGAAGGCGAAGACCUAUCGUUUGAUGCAGUCGACGAUCGUCGGAAGAAGCUCCCUCAAGCCAGGAGCGGCUUUCUAGACCAGCUACGAAAUACCGACUCUUCGACUGAACCCGAACCCGAACGACCGAACACUCCUCCCUUGCAACAACAACACCUCCCAGAGCCAAACUCCGCACGUUCUCGUCAGGGUCGCCGGGAAUCCUUGGGUGGUUUGGAGUCAGAUCCCUGGGGAAGUCCAGAACUGCACCGUAAUCACGACCAUGGGUCCGCUGCCCCCAUUGCCCCCGUUGAACAACGCUUCUCGAAUGGCUACGGAAGUAUGCGCUCUACAACCAAUGCAUGGACGAGUAAGACUGUGGACGAGACAAGUCACAGUGUGGUGACUCGGGCGCACACCAACGGCCGGACCGAGACGGUAAUCCCGAGCAGUGCGGAAUCUGGAUGGGGUGGCCACAUCCCUGUGCGCGACGAGGAGGCUGCAUUUACCCCGGCUCCCAAUCCUAUCCUUGGUGGCUUUGCUCCGCCUGGUGAUGGUCCCACUGAGAUUGCACCGCAGCGUCGGUCCUUGGGACUGUCUCGCCCAACGAACCCCCAAGUCGAGGAAACGGUUACCAUCAACCUCUUACAAGAGAAGGAGGGCAUGUUCAUGUUCCAACAUCGCAAUUACGAGGUGAAAUCUGCGCGGAGGGGUAGUACUGUGGUCCGGCGAUACAGUGACUUUGUCUGGCUUCUGGAUUGUCUUCAAAAGCGAUUCCCCUUCCGGCAAUUACCUCUUCUUCCACCCAAACGGGUUUCAGUGAAUGGCACUCACCUAUCAGCGGAUUCCACUUCUUUCCUGGAGAAACGGCGCCGUGGACUAGUCAGAUUUACCAAUUCGCUCGUUCGUCACCCUAUACUUGGCCAGGAACAGUUGGUCGUGAUGUUUUUGACCGUGCCUACGGAACUCUCUGUCUGGCGCAAGCAAGCCACCAUCUCGGUCCAAGAUGAAUUCCACGAGCGUGUUCUUCCCCCCGAUCUGGAAGAUUCUCUGCCGGCUGACCUAGAUGAUACGUUCGAAACCGUCCGCAGUGGCGUGAAACGAUCGGCCGAGAUCUAUAUUAAUCUUUGCACCCUGCUUGAACGUCUGGCAAAACGGAACGACGGAUUGGCAGCUGAUCAUUUGCGAUUUUCAUUGGCCCUGCAGUCUCUCACCGAGGUCACCAAGGAUACGUACUCGAUCGACACGAACGACGUCCCGUCACUGAAUGUGGGGAUUACCGCGACCGCGCGGCAUCUUUCUGCAAGUCAAAGUUUACUGGAAGACGAGGCCAGGGCCUGGAGCGAAGGUGUCUUGGAGGAUCUCAAACGGCAACGAGAUUGUUUGGUCAGUGUUCGCGAGUUGUUCGACCGCCGAGACCGAUACGCUCGUAACAAUAUCCCGCAGUUGGAGCGGCGUAUUGAAACCAAUGAGCGUAAGCUGCAAGAUCUUCGGGCGCGGCCGUCGGGCACCGGUAAACCCGUGAAACCCGGUGAGAUUGAAAAAGUUGAGGAUUCGAUUUUCAAGGACAAAGAAAGUAUUGUACAGCAACAUGCUCGGGGAGUUUUCAUUCAAGAAUGUAUUCGGGAUGAAUUGCUCCAUUUCCAGCAUAGUCAAUAUCAUAUCAGUCGACUGCAUCAGGAUUGGAGUCAAGAACGGGUGAAGUAUUCCGAGUUGCAGGCAGAUAAUUGGAGACGAUUGAGUGAUGAAGUGGAAGGAAUGCCGACGGGCGAGUAA